AUGGCCGAUUUCUAUGAAAAUAAGGAAUAUUGUAUGGAAGAGGCUAUUGGAUAUAUCUCUACCCUUGAAAAGCCAAAUUUAUCGCGCAUUGCUGAGGAAUAUGGGAUUUCGCCUAAAGUUUUGUGGACUCGCGUCCGUAAAAAUUCAACGCCUAGAAACCAACGAAAACCUACGAAUAAGGCUUUAAAUGAUACGCAGGAAGCUGCUUUGAUGUAUUGGAUCAAGUCAUUAGACGAUGCAUUUAUUCCACCGACACCAAAUAUUAUAGAACAGUGGGCAAAUAUGAGUCUUGCUCGGUCGGCAACACCAGAUCGAACAGUUGGUAAAAACUGGGUCUAUCGAUUUAUGAAAAGGUUCUCCAAAGAUGAUAAUGAUUCUGAGGAUAGUUUUGGGCUGAGACGUCAGAAAGUCACCGAUUCAAAGAGAAUAAGUGAUAAAGAUGUCGCUAUCCUACGGCAUUGGUAUGAUUUAUUAGCCAAUAUUAUGAACGGUGUGCCCGAGAGACUCGUCUACAAUUUUGAUGAGACUGGCUUCCAGCUUGGCCAAGGACAAACCCAGAAAGUCUUUACACGUUAUCAAUCAAAAAUUCCUCGCCUCGCCGGUGAAGAACAUGGAGAGCGAGUGACAGUCGCUGAGUGUAUUGCAGCUGAUGGCUGGCGAAUGGAACCACUUAUUAUCUUCAAAGGACGUCAUCAAAUGGAGUCGUGGUAUAACACCAAUUUACCCCAGAAUUGGAUGACAGCUACUACUGAAAAAGGCUAUAUGAUUGAUGAACUCGCGGUGUCUUGGCUUAAAAGAUUUGACCAAGAAACACAGCAUCGUGUAAGACGUGGAGAGUAUAGAAUUCUUCUUCUUGAUGGCUGUGGCUCCCAUUUGACUGUGGAAUUCUUAAUGUAUGCUGAACAGAAGAGGAUAAAGAUUUUUUGCUUUCCAGCAAAUAAGACCAAUUAUAUUCAACCUCUAGAUGGCAAGCCUUUUUUGGCUUAUAAGGCCUAUUUUCGUCAACAAAAUAACCUUAUUUCACAGUGGGGUGGUGGCAUUACAGCCAACAAAAAUUCAUUUCUUGAAGACCUUAUGGGCUUUAGAGAUAAAGCUUUAACACAGCGAGUUUGCCGCAAUUCCUUCCGGGAAAGAGGCAUUUAUCCAGUUAACGCUGAGAUUGUUUGCAAGCCACUAGAAGAUGCACUUCCUCCGAUUCCUGACAUAUCAAUUGACCUUCGGAAUACACCAUCACCACCCCCAGAAAAUCUAUUAUCUUCAAGUCUUGAAAAUACACCUUCAAAGACAAUCGAAGACGUUCAAAAACGCCGACAAAAACUGGCUCCGCUGAUGGAAUUGGAUGGUGUUACCCCCAAAUUAAAACGGAGGUUUGAGCAAGUCCUUACCGAGAUGAAUUUUCAUGUUGAGGCUAUCCAGAAUGCAUCAACUACAAUCGCAAAAAUGGCCCAAAUUCAAGCCCCGCGGGCUAAAAAAACUACCAAAAGACAAUUAUUAAACCUCAAAAAUGAUGGUAUUCUACGUGUGAAAGAUGCAAAUCGAUCUAUUGCUGAGCGGCGUGAGAAAGAAGAUGCAGCAGAGGAAAGACGAGUGGCAAGAGAGAUUAAAAAACGCGAUGCAAAGACACCUUCCCAAGGUCCUGUUAGAGGUCAAAAUAGUAUGGUAUCUACAGAAAUUCUUGGUGCGAAUGGUGAUGUAAUUGGUUAUCACGAUACUUUUGUUAUGUAG